ACUGGCAAAACCAACACAUGUGCUAGCUCCCACUUCAUUUAUAUUACACUCAAUUCACCACCAUACAACCCCAAAAUCUCAUCUACUACUAUACCAUACUCUUCAUUUCCAUUCAACAAUCCUUCAAACAUUUCUACUACAAUGAGGCAAUAUUUCCACAAUGUUGCACUCACAUUCAUCACAUUAUUAUUGUCCAUAACGUUGUUUCAAUCAAAUGCCAGAGAGCUCCGUCCAGCUGAGCACGGAUUAACGAAUCAAAACUCAUCAACAUCAUCAUCAUCCACUACCACUACAAACGACGUCGUUCCUGAGAUGCUAUCGUUCUUUAACGGCAACGGGCAACGGAAUACUAAGCCACCGGUGGCAUUGCCGAUAGCGGAGAAUCUGACGUGGAUUAACGGCGAUAGAGGAGAAAUGUCGGUUCACCACACACCUAAAGAUCAUGUUAAGCAAGUUUUGUUGAUUUCCAGUUUGGUUUGUGGAGCAACCGGCCUUGUUUUGCUUGUAAUUUCCGUGUUUGUUUAUGUCGUUUUUAGGUUUCGAAAGGAAAAAACAGUGCAAAAUGGAAAAGAAACGACAACGUUGUCAACGUCUGUAGAUAACGUUGCUCUUGUCCAGAAAUGAAGAAUUACAGUGCUUCAUUUACGAAAGGGAUAGUAAAUCUGGUUCAUUUUCAAUGUUUGUACCUUUUUUCCUUUCUUUCUUUUUGUUAUUCUUUUUUUCCCCCCUAUUCCCCUUCCGGUACCUGCAUUAAUGGAGUCUGACUAUUUUGGAAUCGCGCUGCAUAGGAUUCAUUCGGAAAAUUUUCGUACUCAGCCGAACAUGAGACUUCUGGUUAAGGAAGGAACAGCCCCAUCCGUGCACCAUAUCCAUGGGUGGUUAUUUUUGUAUGUAUAGUUGGAGUAUAUAUUUACGAAUUUUUCUUUUGUCUU